AUAUUCAUAGCUGCAGUAAAUUAUAAUUCAAUGAAUGCAUAAUUAAUUUGAGUUGUAGCCGAUCUAUUAUCUACUAAUAAUAUCGACAUUAUUCAUUUCAUGAAUUUAUUUAUACUUUCUUUGAUCUGGGAAGUAUCCAUAUUUCAUAAUACAAUAACAAAUUAGUCUUGAAAUCGAUCAUUCUUUUAAUGCGAGUCGUACUUUCAAUUGCGCAAAAGCACCAAUACACAAGGCAUGCGCUCGUAGUUUUUUUCCAGGUAUAUCUGCUAUAGCCUAUUUCAGUUAACAGUUUACUUAAGAAGUCCAUCAUUUUAGCAAAGCUAGAAAGCUUUUUAUUAGUUAAUAUACGGUAUUAAUUCGAUCACAAAAUCAGUAAAAUUCUCCAUAGUUUUGUUCAGUCAUUCAAUUUUAUUUAAUAAUAAAUACUAAUAUACAGUGCAGUGAAUGAUACAAUAAAACCUAUUGCUACAAAGAAAUAUCGAUUUAGUUCAGUGAGCUUCUGAUGUGACAUCUGAUACGACGUUUCGUUUCAUUUUUGUUAUUUUUAUGAUAACGUGAAUCAUCUCAGACUCAGUGAGCACUUGAUAUAAAUUAAAUUUUACACGAGCGCUAAUAUUUGGAAAUGAUGUAUUCUCGAUUUGUUAGUUAAAAGUGAUACUACUUUUUGAUAGUAAAAAAAUAAUAAAAUCGUUUUUGCUAUGAUUAUGAUGCACUUUCUGCAAAGAUGCAACUUUUUUAUUUUUAUUAUACCUUCAUUGCUUUUUCUUUACAGUAGUAAAGUUUUGUAUCAAAAAGUCAAUGCGCAAGCCCUUGACCUUUAGAUCGAUGCCCCAGUGACACAAAUUAUCUUUUAUUCCGUUUUACUAUCCAUUUAAUUUAUAACCUGAAAAACUUUUUAUGAUUUAAACGGUCCAAGCAUUGGAAAAAAUAUUUAAAAAAUUAAAAAAAAUACUUAUAGUGAGUGUCAGUAACUGAGUCAUCGAAUUUAGGCUAUAUCAAGGAUAUUGAUACGUUCCAAAUCUACAUUAAUUAAGUUUAUACAGCGAAAUAUGCUUGUAUAUGAGGAUCAAAUCUUAUACAGGCUAUCGCAUAUGGACAUAUACAAUUUUAUAUUUAUAUAUAAAAUGUGUUAUUUAAAUUUAAAAAAUAGAUUCGUCCAAAAUAUUUUUUUUAUUAUUUUUUAGGAAAAAAUAAACAAUACGACACAACGCAGUGACUAAAAGGGUGCACGCUGGGGCUGUUUUGCCGACUAUUUAAAUUCGUCAUCUCUUCGUACUUCCGGUUUUUACCUAUGCUCUGUCAAGCAAUUUACUUUCGUUACAAGUUUCUGAAUGAAAUAGAAAUCCUCAAAGGCUGGCCUCGUCGUUGGAUUCAUUCAAGGAGCAUAAGUUACAUUUAGAAUUAGUGCGAUCUGAUCCGCGAAAUUUUCAAUUUCAAAUUAAACAAAGAAUGACUGAUUCAAAUAAAAAUUUAGUAGCUACACCCGAAGGAAAAAUUUCUCAUGACUCUGGUAUACAAACGCCAUUAUACCUUGAAAAUGAUCUUACGAUAAAUAAUAACUCAUUGAGUUUGGUGAUUAAUAAAAUAAAUGUUACUGAAGAAGGCUCGAAUAAAAAAAUUGACAAAGCACAAGAGCAUGAAUGUUCAAUCGGAGGCCAAGCUCCAAUCGUUGGCUGGCAUAAUGGAAGCCCAACAAUUAUCCCAAGUUCUGCAGCUAUAAAGAGUCGAUACAAUAAAGAUGAUGGUUCCAGUAAAAGUUCUGGUAUUGGUCGUGAAUCUACAUUGGCUCUGAGCAUCAAUAGAUCAAGUGUAGAAUCUUUUUUGCCCGAAAAAAAUGAUAGUGAAUAUGAAAGUUGGUUAACAUUACCUACAAAGCCCGUAGAGGUUCAAAAUACUUGGAAAGAUUUUAUUGACUCUUCUAGUAUACUAGAUAUGGUUGAUUAUAGUCGUAAAGAUCUCUAUACAAAAACUAUAAAAAAAGACGAAUUACCUUCGAAAAUUCCGGAUGGAGGUUGGGGCUGGAUGGUUGUUCUGGCAUCACUGGUUAUAUCUAUGAUUGCUGAUGGUGUAUCUUUCAGCUUUGGACUGUUAUACAUAGAAUUUCUUGAAGAGUUUGGUGCUUCAAAAUCUAAGACUGCUUGGAUAGGAUCACUGUUUAUGGCUGUUCCACUUCUGUCAGGUCCUGUUAUGUCUGCGUUAGUGGAUCGCUAUGGUUGUAGAAAAAUGACAAUUAUUGGAGGUCUCAUUGCGGGAACAGGUUUUGUAAUGAGUUCUUUUAGCAACUCUAUCGAAAUCAUGUAUUUGACUUUUGGGGUUGUAGCAGGAUUAGGUUUAGGUUUAUGUUACGUCACCGCAGUUGUCAGCAUCGCGUAUUGGUUUGAUAAAAAGCGAACUUUGGCAGUAGGUCUUGGAGCAUGUGGUACUGGGAUCGGCACUUUUGUGUAUGCUCCGAUGACGACUUUUUUUAUUAGUGAAUAUGGCUGGAGAGGAACGUGUCUUCUUUUAGCAGGAACUUUUUACAACCUUAUCGUUUGUGGUACAAUCAUGAAGGACCCAGAGUGGUGGAUCAUUGAACAGAAUAAACAACAGAACGAGUCAUCGCCCAGAAAAUCUCUGGCAAGAUCAGACGCGGGUAAGUCAUGUUCCGUUAUCGAUACAGAAGAAUUUCCAGGCGUUGAUGAGUUACGAAAGCUCUUAAAAAGUGGCAAAGGUCCAGAAUACCUGCUACAAAGUCUUCGCACUUCUACUGAGACCCCAAACAAAGAUAAAAUGUCCAGACAAGGAUAUAGAAGUGUUGUGAAUUUACCAACUUUCAUUCGCCAAAGUGAAAAGGUUCCUUUGGAAGUCCUUGAGUCGCUUUCAGGAAACUCAAAACUUUUUAACGUGAUUCUUGAAAACUAUCCAAGUCUAUUGUUCUGUAGAAGUUUCUCGGAUAAGCAGUUGGAUGAAUCAGAAGUGGAUCCGUCAACAAAUAAAAGUGGAAUAACGAUGUCAAUGAGAAUAAAACAAGCGACGCGGGGAGCUCCACGAAAGCCUAUUGAAUCGAAAGAUAUCCAAGAAAAUUCAAUAAAUACUUCACCAAGUGUUCUUCCUCCUCGACGAACGUCACAAAAAGAUUUUGCCAUAGGAAACCCAGCUCUGACAGACGAUAUCAACCAAACAAAACCAGAAGUGGAGAAGAAUAGAAACCACUCUUCGCACAACCUCAACGACGUUGAUAAAGAAGAAGUGAGAACAGACUCUCUACCAUGGCUACGAAGACAAUUCACCACUAAUACUCAUUACUUCAAAGAUAUCCGUGUUCAUAGAAACUCGGUCAUGUAUCGCGGAGCCGUACUAAAUUUGCAUAAAUAUAGAUUGAGAGCUAGCAGCUGUCCUGAUAUUUAUCGUAAUAGCAUGACUACGUUGGCCAAAGAGAGCAAAGAGAAAUGGUACAGUGAGUUAGUUGAAUUGAUCAAAGGAAUGUUCGAUUUUUCAAUGUUCCUGGAGCUUCAUUUUUUGCUACUCUCCUUAUCAACAAUCCUGCUAUUCACUUGGUUUAUUGUACCAUAUUUUUAUCUUGCUGAACACUUAACGAGGAACAAUUAUGACGAGACUGAUGGAGCUCAACUUCUCAGUAUCAUUGGCAUCACAAAUACAAUUGGAAUGAUUGGCUUGGGUUGGGCCGGAGACCAACCGUGGAUGAACGUUAGCAAAACUUAUACAGGCUGCUUGAUUGCUUGUGGAGUUGCUACAAUUUUGAUGUCAGUGUUUACUAAAUACUAUUAUCUUUUGAUGAUAACCUCAGCAGCGUUUGGUCUCUUCUUCGCCAGUAACUUUAGUUUUACACCAGUUAUACUUGUUCAACUAAUACCACUAGAAAGAUUCACGACUGCUUAUGGUUUAAGUUUACUUUGUCAAGGAAUUGGAAAUCUCCUCGGACCUCCUUUAGCAGGUUUACUUUUUGACAUCACUCAAUCUUGGGAUUUAUCAUUUUUAAUGGCUGGUGGUUGGAUUAUUAUUGCUGGUUUUCUUAUGGGUCUGAUUCCUAUGACCAAAAAUCGUAAAUUAGUAGGCGAUGGUCCUGUUGAACGUGAGCGUAUAAGCGCGACCAACUUGUCGGCUUAAGUUUUUUUGUAGUUAAUCUCGUUGAUAUUUUUUGAAUAAUUUAUUGAUAUUGUAUAGAAUUUAAAUUUUUUUCUUUCUCAAUACUUACAUAGCAAAUUCAAUUUUUCAUCAUUCAGUGAUUCAUACAGCUUGAUAAAGUGGAAGUUCUAUAUAGAAAUUUAAAUGACAUAAAGAAAACUGUAAUAUAUUCAA